AUGGGAAUUAAUCCUUCCGUUGAACAGUCAAUGAAAGGAAGAAUUAGUGUGAUCCGGGAAUUGACGCCAUGUCACAAUAAAAAGACGAAGAAUAAAACGAAGAAGAAGAAGGAGGUUUGUGGGUUAUGGUCGUUGCCAGAUGAGGUGGUUGUAAACUGCUUAGCUCAGUUGUCGAGAUUGGACCUCGCGGCUUUAGCUAUCGCCUCCAAGAGUCACCGGUCACUGGUGGUUUCCUCUGAUGUCAAGGACUUGAGAUGGCAGAUGGGUUGCGUCGAGCAAUAUCUCUACGUAUGCUUGCACAUCUUUCCAGAACCAAGCCCACGCUGGUUUAUCUUCCACCCCAUGCAACGUUGCCUGAAACCCAUCCAUAUGGACUUGUAUGAUCAGGCUCCGACAUCAGCCUCCGCUUUCGUGCCGAUGUCUUAUGGGAUUUAUAUCAUCGGUGGACUCGUAGACGGCAAGCCCACUUCGGAAGUCUCGUAUUUCAAUUGUUUCAAGCACAAAUGGUACCUCCUGCCGCCCAUGAAGAUGGCACGUGCUUCCCCAUCUGCAAGCCUGAUGUUGACAGACUCAGGCGGCUGCAAGAUAUAUGUGUUUGGAGGGCUCGGGGAUGAUGUAGCUGAUUCCUCAAACUGGGCAGAGGUGUACGACAUCUCCACCCAAACUUGGGAUUUUUUGUUUGUGUUUACGCCCAAGAUGCCCCUCACUAUCCAACAAAGCGUCUUGAUGAUUAGUAAAGAGGAGGAGGAGGUUUACGUAGUGGAUGAGGAUGGUCAAAACUUCUCCUUUUCACCAAGUAAAUGUAUGUUUGUGGCAAAGGGUAAAACAGAUUCCAUGCCAGGAUACAUUUACUGA